AUGACAGCUGCUCUGGAGGAAAUUGGGCUUUUUGACCCAGUCAUAGUGGUGAAAGUGUCUAAAUCGGCCAUCGGACUUUGCUUCAAUCCUACGGGCAGGAGGAAAUCACUCGCAAAUAUCUUCAACUGCAAUGAAAUUCUCCUUGGGUGCCCUGCGAAAUCUUCGGUUGUCCCACAAGUGUCGCUGCGGAGUGAGCAACGGCGACCGCAUCAUCGGAGGGACGGAGGUGUCCCCACCCUUCAGAUAUCCCUGGCUCGUCGCAUCUACGAGAUUGAGAAUCUGAAGGAGCCCUUCUGCGGCGGGAGCAUCAUCAACACCCGCUACGUCGUCACGGCCGCGCACUGUAUGUUUACGCGGGAGAACGAACCCAUCCCCGCAUCCAAGUUUCGAGUGAAAGUCGCCGAGCACGACGUGGCUUCUGAGGACGACGACGUCGAAGGAGUCACGCGGAUGCUGGCCCUGGAGAGCUACGUCUUCCAUGAAGGCUACACAGAGAACUACUUCAACCUGGACAUCGCCCUCCUGCGUCUGGAGGAGGCCCUGGACCUCACGUCGCACCCGGUCCGACCCGUGUGCCUACCUUCGGACCCGACGAAGGUCUACGAAGGACAGACCGGGAAAGUCGUCGGCUGGGGAGACACGACCAAUGGCGACAAGAAGUACCCCGACAUCGUUCGGGAAGUCGACUUACCCAUCGUCGAGUGUGGGCGCAAGGAGAUAGCCGGUGUUUUGAUCACACCUUUCAUGCUGUGCGCAGGUUUUAAGAAAGGCGGGAAGGACAGUUGUUCUGGCGACUCGGAGGCCCUCUGA